AUGGUUGCUCUUCUCAUUUUCCUCGGGAUUUUUACCUGCGUGGAAACCCUUCCUCUCAGCGACAGUCCUUCAUCAUAUAUUCCCGAAGAAGUUCCCUCAAGCCAAACCGCUGACAUAGGGUUGCCUCCACCUACCGAGUUCACCCUGCCGAAUGAGGAUGAUGAAAUCCUGAUACGAAAGCUGAAUAUUCAGAAAACACGAAAGGAGAUCCUCUACGGGCCUUCUCUCAUUGGGAAAACUUCUUUCUUCAUAUCUGGUCCCCUGGGUGACCAGAUCUCUCAGCGGGACCAGACCCUGUGGUCACGAGAUGCAGCGCCGGUGGUACAGGCAGUAUCUCAUGAUGCCGCGGCUGCCCUUCAUGAUAUCCAAAUUCAUGGUGGUCUCCAAAAUCUCGAUGACUAUAAGAUCCUGUAUCAAGGCCACUGGUCGAGCUCGGUCCCUGGGGGCAUUGCAAAAGGGCAGUUCAGCAACUUCACUUCGGACUUGCUGUUUUCCAUGGAACGACUGUCUACCAAUCCAUACAUUCUCCGGCGUUUGCACCCCCAUGCAGAUGAGUUACCGUUUGCUGUCGAUUCAAAAAUCGUCCAGAAACUCACAGGAUCGACGCUGCCAUCGCUCCAUAAAGCAGGACGUCUCUUCCUCGCCGACCACAGCUACCAGAAGGAUUAUGUUGCCCAAGAGGGUCGUUAUGCUGCCGCUUGCCAAGCUCUCUUCUACCUCGACGAUCGGUGCCAUCAGUUCUUACCCCUCGCUAUCAAGACCAACGUCGGGUCAAACUUGACUUACACCCCUCUGGACGAACCGAAUGACUGGCUGCUGGCCAAGGUAAUGUUCAAUGUCAACGACUUAUUUCAUGGCCAAAUGUACCACCUCGCCAGCACGCAUGCCGUCGCCGAGAUUGUCCACCUGGCUGCCCUUCGGACUAUGAGCAGCCGUCAUCCCGUCCUUGCCCUUCUCCAACGGUUGAUGUAUCAGGCCUACGCAAUCCGCCCGAUUGGCAAUAAUAUUCUCUUCAACCCUGGUGGUUUAAUUGACCAGAACUCUGUCUUUUCCAACGUUGCCGUUCGAAAAUUUGCGACCGACUUUUAUCCUACUGUCGCCGGCCCAGUCCGUUCGAAUUACUUCGAGGCUAAUCUCCGCUCGCGCGGCCUGCUCAACGCAACCCAUGGGCCUGACCUGCCACAUUUCCCGUUCUAUGAAGACGGCGCCAGGAUUAUUAAGGUCAUCCGCACAUUUAUUCAGAGCUUCGUCAAGUCGAUCUACAAGUCCGACAAAGUUCUCGCUAAGGACUGGGAGUUGCAAGCUUGGAUCGCCGAGGCUAACGGUGCUGCAGAGGUUAUUGACUUCCCUCCUACUCCGCUGAAAAAGCGGAAGCAUCUGGUAGACAUCCUUACGCACAUGGCAUGGCUUACCGGCGUCUCGCAUCAUGUGCUGAACCAAGGCGAGCCAGUGACAACGUCGGGUGUGUUACCACUUCAUCCGGGUUCGCUAUACGCUCCCGUUCCUGGCGAGAAGGGUGUUGUCGAUAGCUUGCUUCCCUGGCUUCCCAACGAGCAGAAGUCUGUGGAUCAGAUUUCUUUCCUUGCUCUAUUCAAUCGGCCGCAGAUCGUCGAGAACAAUCGAACGCUGCGGUACAUGUUCAAUUCAGAGAGCUUGCUUGCUGGUACAGUAAGGGCUGUCGCGGCCGCUAACGAGAGGUUCAUGGAAGAGAUGGGGCACAUCAGCCAAGAGAUCAGCAAUAGGAAGUUUGAUGACGAUGGGCUAAGCCAAGGGAUGCCAUUUAUCUGGACCGGAAUGGACCCGGGAGUGAUUCCGUUUUACCUGAGCGUUUAG